GGCCCAGCUAUGUAAGGUAUCCGGGGCUCAGAUCGCCCAGCUUCUCCUGUCUGUCUUCCCGGCUUUGUCUUCCCACAAGGAUCGCUUGUUUGUUCCGGAGGCUUCCCGCUCCUCUCCAUCGCUCUCCCUCGAUGGGUUCGUGAGGAGGCUGAGGGCAUCGAACUGGCACCCAGAGAGUGGCAUCUCGGGCAAUUUUGGCUGGCAAAUCCCUCCUCCUUCCCUCAGAGCCACAAGCCGCGCGUCUCCAUCAUGGCUUCGGUGGUGCAGAGCGCUUUCUGGUGGCUGGCCAGCAUUUACCUGCUGGCCUCCUGUGGAGCAGAGGAAGGCCUGGAGUUCCCCACCUAUGAUGGGAAAGACCGGGUGCUCGACCUGAGUGAAAAGAACUACAAGCACGCCUUGAAGAAGUAUGAGAUGCUGGGCGUCUUUCUCCACGAGCCGGUGGCUUCCGACAAGGCCUCGCAGAGGCGUUUCCAGAUGACCGAGAUGGUGCUGGAGCUCACAGCUCAGGUCCUGGAGGAAAAAGGCAUCGGCUUUGGACUGCUGGAUUCCAAGAAAGAUGCAAAGCUGGCCAAGAAGCUGGGAUUAGAUGAAGAAGGAAGCCUCUACAUCUUUAAGGAGGACCACAUCAUUGAGUUUGAUGGGCAGAUGGCUGCUGAUGUCUUGGUGGAAUUCCUCCUGGACUUAAUGGAGGAUCCGGUGGAGAUCAUCAACAACAAGCUGGAAUUGCAGGGCUUUGACCACAUGGAAGACAAGAUGAAACUCAUUGGCUACUUCAAAGCAGAAGACUCAGAACAUUACAAAGCUUUUGAGGAGGCAGCUGAACAUUUCCAGCCCUACAUCAAGUUCUUCGCCACCUUUGACAAAGGGGUUGCCAAGAAACUGGGCCUGAAGAUGAACGAGGUGGAUUUUUAUGAACCAUUUAUGGACGAUCCUGUUCGGGUCCCCGAAAAGCCGUAUACUGAGGAGGAGCUCAUUGAGUUUGUGAACGAACACAAAAGAGCCACACUACGGAAGUUGCGCCCAGAAGACAUGUUUGAGACCUGGGAGGAUGACAUCGAUGGAAUCCAUAUCGUGGCAUUCGCUGAAGAAGACGACCCAGAUGGCUUUGAAUUCCUGGAGACCGUGAAGCAGGUGGCCAAAGACAACACUCACAAUCCUGACUUGAGCAUUGUCUGGAUCGACCCUGAUGAUUUCCCGCUGCUGAUCACAUACUGGGAAAAGACCUUCAAGCUCGAUCUAUUCAAGCCGCAGAUCGGUGUGGUCAACGUCACAGAUGCUGACAGUGUUUGGAUGGACAUCACAGACGACGACGACCUUCCCACGCCCGAGGAGCUGGAGGACUGGAUCGAAGACGUCCUCGCCGGGAAGAUAAAUACUGAAGACGACGACGUCGACGAAGAUGAAGACGACGAUGACGACGACGACUAGGAAGAGUUCGCCACAGUUUGUCUUUGGACAGUACAGCUGAAGCGUUGCUUCCCCUGACGGGAAGGAAGGCAUCGGUUGUCCGUCAGGACUUCUGAAGGCUGUCUCCGUGGGUCAUUAAGGACUCAUUGCCCCGGUUCCUUUCCUUUCUUUCCCCCAAAUUCUCCUUUUUUCUGGCUGCCAUAAAGCGUUCGCCAAGCAUAAGGUAUACUGGGAUAAAUUAAAAAUGGUGACUGC